CUUCAGCCGUGUGGGUUGCUUUAUGCUAACAGGGGUUCUUUCUUUAAUAUUUCAGCAUCUCAGUUUUGUUGCAUUAGAAGUGAGAUGACAUCAAAAGGAAGGUAUUGUUUCACACUGCUGUUCAUUACAAGUCUGCUGUUCAACAAAUGUAAGACGAGUUCACUUAUAAAAAAGCUGAAAGAUCCGGAGACUUGGUUUGAUCUCUUUUUGCAUCUUUGGGGAUGGCUUGAAACAUGCUUCAUGAAGGGUGAAUUUAUGAGAAAGGUUUUCUUUCAUUGUAUAGAAAAGAAGAUGAACAUCACGACAUCAACAAGUGGAUGAAGAAGUUUCACUUCAUCAUCUAAGUGAAAAAUCAAUCAGUUAAAAAUGACUUUCUAUGUAGACCAUUGUAAACAGACUGGUAUCUUUCGUGACACCCAUUUUAUGUACAGCUUUACAACUAUACCAUCAUAAGAAAUGACUUCAAACCAUUCAUUAUCUAACUACUUACGAAACACCAGUAUAACGAAGUGCAAUGUGCACAAUAUAAUAG